AUGUCUCUUUUCUGGUCGUUUUGUUCGUUUUUCUUCGUCCUGGGGGCAGAAGCAGACCCUUGUUUGGUCAAAACCCAUUGGUGGUCGCCGGUCGAGCUUACCGACUCUGGACUUCGCGGCAGUAAAAAGCCUCAGGACCUCUCCACUCCGGGCCUAGCACUUGUUCCUGUCGAUACUUCUGGGGGCAAGUCCAAGUGCAUCUUUUCCAGCAAGGUGAGUUGUCAAAUCUACACCGGCUUUGGCACUUAUGCAAGUGUGGUGAAGAGAAGCUUUUGCUUUCUUUCUGUUGGUUUGAAGGCAAACGUCAGCCUGACGACAUGCGCCACUUCUGCACCAAUCUCGGUUCCUGGUUGGUUGGCAAAGCCACAUACGUCGAAAACAGCCUGA